AGGGCUCAUUUUACAGGCAAGUUAGCAGUCGACACUGGGACGCACUCGUGGCACUUGAGCAGGACAUGGCAUUCCUCAUGCUCUUGACCGGCUUUUGCGCAGGUAUUGCCCUGGGUGCGUACCAGGACAAACAUCUGAAGCCCGUCUAUGACACCGUCUUUUCCAAGUCCGCCACCCUGUGGCAGGACAAAGUGUUGGCCGGAUUGCAGAAGCCCGCAGAAAGUUGAGGACGACACGGCGGACCAUGCAACAUCCUGGUGGAUUGUGACUUCGCAGCACCCAAUGCUUCGGCCCUGAAUCCACCUGAGGUGUGGCCGGAGGCGACAAGGCGGAUGGAUACCCCAGGCUGCUGGUUGGGCAGGCGAUGGGGCUGCAAAGACAGGCAAUGAAGAUGAGCUGAGUGCGGAGGAAAAGAAAAAACUGAAGCAUAAGAAAAAGAGAGAGGCACAAAAGCAAGAACAAAAAGCCACGACGACGGCCCAGAAUGCCACGGCCACCACGGGGAAGCCGAAGAAGGUGGAUGAUGAUCCAGAUGGUGAGAAACUCCUGCAACAAGACUUCAUGGAGCAGGCCAGUAAAAUUGUUCGCACCAUGGUGACCUUCAGCGGCCUCGAUUCGGCGACCCAUGUCAUGACCUACGAAGUCUUCAGCCGCCAGAAGAAGGUGCUCCACUGCCUGCAGGCGCUGAGACAGUUGUGGGAGCUGGGUGGAGAGGACAAGUUCUACUACAAGUUGGUGGCUCCGCUGACGCACUUCUGCUUCGUCAUGGACUUGGAGAAGGACGUGCCGGAGCAGAUUUGCAAAGAAGUGGUGCUCCCUGAGAUCGCCGUGAUCCUGGGCGGCGAAGGUGCCACACCUUUCACCUCGGUGGCGCAGAUGAGAGAGGCGGCUUCCAAGGUGGUCGACCAGGUGGAAGCGCGGAUCAAGGGAGCAUCCGACAUCUUCCUAGUGGAGGUGCUUUAUGGCCUGAAAUGCCUGAAGGCCGCUGGAAGAGAUAGAGCAGCACUGCUGGAGGCCUGGAAGCCUCAGGGCGUGAUGUGCCUGAAGGAGAGCAGGAAACUGCUCGCCUACAUGGAGAAAGAGUUCGGCAAGGACUCCCCGGCGUGGACCAAGUUGCAGAAGCGGUGCACGGAGUUUUUCCCCUUGAUGGUCAUUUCCUGACGCGUCCCGGGGGUAAGUUUUGGAGACUUCUCCGCUGCGCCGCGGACGUAACACGAACAGUGGGCCCCCAAGGCCCAACGCCAACACCACAGCCAUUGGGACAACC